UAAGUAAAAUUAUAAUUUGAAAUAAAGUAAACAACAACUUCAUUUAAAGUCACUUCUAAGAUAAUUUCAAUAAAAUGGGAUUCAUUAUAAAUAAAAUACCAAUUAAUAAUAGAACAACCCGAUGUUUCAACAAUAUUCUAUUGUUAAUAACAUCAGUUCAGGAUCAGAAUACCUUAUUCUUCAAAAAAAAAGCUCGACCUGCAUAUAACAGCUAGGCUGUGACACACACAGCCAUACAAAAAUACAACACAACACACACACAAACACGUUUCACAACCAGUUGUUGAUCCGUCGGCUGCGGGCGGCGAGCGAGCGAGCGCCGUGAGUCAGAAAGAUGAUAAAAUCCUCAUAGACAUCUGUAACGGAUAGCGUCACACUCCUACUGGCUGCCCCUCUCGCCUCCCUCUUUUCAACUCUCUUACUUCGAGAAAUCGAAGACACAACUAAACUAGGUCCUGAAGUCUUGAGAUAUUAAUAAGCCCACAGAACGAGAAACAGGAUGAAUAAACCUAGAAGUCGCUAGGUUCUGAAACAAGCCCUGCAUUUACGUACAUGCAGUCGCUCCAGGCGUCAAAUCCUAGAGGGCGCCCAAAUGAACUAAACGAAAGAUGACUACAGUGGAAACUAAACAAGGCAGUUUGCGAGGCGUUGUCAUAAACGACAAGGAUGUUACAUACGUUGCUUUUAAAGGAAUACCGUAUGCUAAGCCCCCGCUCGGUUUUUUAAGAUUCAAGGCUCCAGAGCCACCUGAAAAUUGGCAAGGUGUACGAGACGCAUCGCAACACGGUCCAGUGUGCCCGCAGUAUAACGAUCGUCUACAACGCUUAGAAACAGGCAGCGAAGACUGCCUCUACCUCAACAUUUACACCAAAACGCUCAGUCCUUCUCAACCUUUGCCGGUCAUGGUCUGGAUUCACGGCGGAGCUUUCUACACUGGUUCUGGCAAUUCAGAUUUCUACGGACCUGAAUUCUUCAUGAAACAUGAAAUGAUUCUCGUAACGAUUAAUUACAGAUUAGAAGUUCUGGGAUUUCUUUGUCUCGAUAAUGAAGAGGUGCCCGGCAAUGCAGGUUUGAAAGAUCAAGUCGCUGCGUUGAAAUGGAUAAAAAAUAAUAUAGCCGCAUUCGGCGGCGACUCUGACAAUAUCACUAUUUUCGGUUGCAGUGCCGGCGCUGCAGCUACAUCCUAUCAUCUAAUAUCAACAAUGAGUCAUGGUUUAUUUAAUAAAGCCAUAUGCCAAAGCGGUGUUUGUCUUAACGAAUGGGCGUACAGUUUAAACGGAGUCGCGCGGGCAUUUCAAUUGGGAAGAUUGUUGGGUAAACAUACAGAAGAUCCCAAUGAGUUGUUACAAUUUUUAAGAAGCGUACCGGUGCAGUCUCUUGUUAAUGUAAAAUUACCUUCAUUAGAUAUUGAAAACAAAGACAUUGUAGACGGUAUUGCCUUUGCACCUGUUAUAGAAAAAUCAAACUUAGGUGUAGAAAAUUUCAUAACUGAAGAACCACCUGUAUUAGUUAAAAAAGGGCAUAUUUGUAAAGUACCCAUUAUUUUAGGAUAUACAUCAGGAGAAGGUAUAGAGCUUGGAAGAAAUUUUCCUGCGACUUUAGAUUUUCUAUUAAAAACAGGUGCUGUGGUCCCGAGAGAGUUGAAAUAUAAAUUCAAUAAAGAACAAUUAGUAGAAGCAGAUCACAAAAUUCGCAAAUUUUACUUCAAAGAUAAUAAAUUAAAUGAAAAUAUGGUUCAAGAAGUGGUUGAUCUUGAAACUGAUAGAUUAUUCGCUUACAAUAUUUGUAGAUUUGGGCGUUAUCAUAGCCAUUUCACGAAAAAGCCAGUAUAUAUAUACAAGUUUACAGCUGAAACAGAAAGAAACUAUACAAAGAAGUCAUACAAAAUGGAUUCUAUAGCCGGUGUCUGUCACGCAGAUGAUUUACCCUACCUAUUUAAUGUUACCUGCUUAGAUAUUCCUUCGACAGAAGAAUCGAAGUGUGUUAUAGAACAAGUAGUGCAAUUAUGGUUUCAGUUCGCUGCAACGGGGAAUCCUACAUCACACAGCAGCAUAGACUGGAGACCGUUUACAAAUGAAGAGCGAUAUUGUCUUACAAUUGGUAGAGAGCUCAAAACUGUGCGAAAUUUCGAUGCUGAAAAUAUAGACUUUUGGGAUGGAAUUUAUUUUAACAAUGAUGAAGCUAUCAUUAAAACAUAAACAAUUUACGACGAUAGCUAAUUAAACGAUUUAAAUACGCACAAUGUUUUUGUUUAAUUUUAAAAAACCCUGAUUAUAACUAUUAAGUUUUUAGUUGUUGUCGCUAAAAUUCUUUUAUUGAUUUUUAGGGUGAGGCCUAUAAAACUCCCGGUAGUUCAAUACAGUAUUUAGUUGACCGCAUAAUCAAUGGAAAAAUGAAUGGAAUGGUGCCAUCUGCGUCUAGCUGUCACCGGCCAACCUCAUUGUAAAUGUUCCCCAGAUCCUGGAAUUUAUUACGAAUUCUUUAGAUUAAAGCUUAAAAAAGCACUAGUCAUUUUCCUAAAAGAAGUCCCGCGGCUAAAACCUACGAAAUCACUAAAAUUGACAACGCCUUACAUAAAUGACAAUAAGACCGCCAAUACCGUGGAGGGAGAAUAGUAUGGAGUAGCUAUUAGGAGUCUCCCGGUAAGGGACAACAACAAAGUACAUAGAUUAUCUGGUGUUACCAGUGAUCGAAAAAUUACCCUAUAUUUGAAGACUAGCGUUAUAUUUUUAUUUCAUACUAUUUGACAAGUCUAUAAAUAUUUUUUUAUCAUACCAUUUGACGAAAUUGGCCAAUUCAGAAGUCAGAGCGUAAAAGCUGGCACCGAGGGGUGAUGAAUCGAUCCCCGCCCCGUUCGAGUAUUGUUGUACCCACUCUUGAUACAGUUUGUCCCGACGAGUUGGAAAGGAACGGGAAUGUUGGUCAUAUUAAAAAAAAAGCAUUAAUUACCGUUGUUUUCAUCCUGAUUUAAAAACAUAUAUACAACCAAAGUCCUUUCGACAGUCAUAUUAUUUUACUUUUGAAGGCAAUUAGGGUCAGAUAUUUUGAAAUUAGAAUUCAUUUUUUAAAUAAAAAUAUAACUACUAAAAAUGAAAGAAUUUGAAAUUUUCACAACUAACUGGUUUUGUGUAAUUGGAAAUAAAUAGUCUUCAGAAAUAAUACGCUUUUGAUUGAUUGAUUUAUUGAUUGCUUGGUGUAUUUUGUGAUUUGUUGAUUGUGUACAUCAUAAAACAUUAGUUAGGAAAAUAUACUAGCACAGCAUAGAAUUAAGAAUAAAAUCUUUUUACCAAAAAAAAUUUACUGUCC